AUGGACAGCUGGAAAAAAGAUUGCGUCAAGACCUACACGUCCACGUGUCUGAAGCUCGACAUCGUGUCGUUCGUCGAUCGGCUGUCGGAGCAAGAAAAUCUCGGUAUUCUGCCUGGAGUCUCGGUUAUAAAGCAGAACAGCAGCAGCAGCGAUGCACCCGACGUGGUUGCCAAUCUCGCUCGAGAUUUUCCCAAAGACGUCGACAAACGCAUGGACGCCUACUUGAUGCACAAAAUUGGCACUUAUCUCAAUAAUCACGCGAUAUCGAUCAAGCUGUUCGAUCCUCGCACCUUCGAGGCGACGAAAAAAUUCAACGACGCCGCGAUGCAACAAUUGGACUUUGGCGAGAAGAAAAGUCACGACGUCGAGUCAGGCCGUAAAAAGGACAAAGGCUACGGCAGCAUGAUGGCCGGCCUGAUGAUGAUGAAGGGCACCCUGGGCGCCCUCGGCUUCGGCGCCCUGGCCAUGUUGGCCGGCAAAGCCCUCAUGACCGGCCUGAUGGCCCUCAUGCUCUCGGCCAUCGUCGGGCUCAAGCAUCUGUCGUCGGGCGGCGAUCACAAGACCACCUACGAGAUCGUCAGCAAGCCCGUCUACGCCACGACGCACAGCCACAGCUCCGAGGAGCAUCACGCCUAUCCCGGAUACGCGCGCAAUUUGGAGACGCUGCACCACUCCCAGGAGGAGACGAUCGUCACUUACGGCAACGUGCGAGAGAGACGACGGGCUCGUCGUUACGUUUGA